ACGGAACGUGGGAACAGCAGGAAAAAAUUGAACAGACGGAAGAAAUUCAGAAUGGUGCACCGCGUCCAUGCGGCUUAUUGACUUUGAUCUGUAUUUGGGCUCUACAAAACUGCUUCAAUUCAAGUUGUUUGAGAGACCCAGGGUGCGUGUUUUGGGAGAAAAUUCAUUCUGGGAUGCAGAGUACGGUUGUUGGCGUUUUGUAAAUGCACGAACUGUGAUUUGAUCUCACUGGUUGGAUUGGAUUGUUCAGUUCAGAGUCCCGGAAAUACAGUUCAGCCUUCAGAGGCUGUGUCUAAUACAUAAAGGAGGAUUGACCUAGUCAGUAACCCUGUUGAAGAGAGGAAGGGCGGUUGGAGAAGACUCUUCAUCAUGUCCAUGGAUUAUGUAAAUCCUCUAGUGCAGAAUAAGAGACAGCGGGAGGAAGAGCACAGCCAGUGGGACUGCCAGCCGAAAAGAGCAUGCACUGGACUGGGAAGAUGCAUCGAGGUCAGAUGUGAUGUUGUGAUGGACAGCCCAAUGGACUCAUGGGACACUCCACAAGUUGGCCAUCAAAACAGCGCCAAUGCAAAUCACCACGUCACCACUAUGGUUCUUGGCACAGCUCAGCAAUCCUGUCCGAGAUGCAUGGCAGGAGAACCGGGCCAUAUAAAUCAUAUCAUGCAGAGGUAUUGAUCACAAGGUCAGACAGGUCCUGGAGAGGAUGAAUAAGGAAGCAGACUGCACGGAUCGCUGGGAGUGGAGGAGCAGCCUGCACUUUGGCCAGUUCAUAUCACAGCCCAUCUUGUGCCUUAUUUAUAACCACAAGUACUUGACUUCUCAGUUCUAAUGUAGCCUGUGUGUGUGUUUUUAAAAUCAGCACUUAAAUGACUGCUGAUUUAAUGUAAGGGCUGGCCACAGGUAUUUACUAGUAAUUUCAGGUUAACACAUUCAAUAUGAGUGCUAAUUUAAGUACUACUACAGUGUAGUUUGCAGGGCAUUCAAUGAUUUUAAAGAAAUCUGUAUUUCAUUGAAUUCAUUUGUGUAUUUAGUAUAGACCAAAUGUGUUUCAAAUUAUUACUAUAUCUUGUUUAGUUUUUUUUCCAAAAGUAUUACACAAUGCAAUGAUGCAUUUUUAGGUGAUUUUGUAGAAAUAUUUCAAAGGGAAUGUUUUAUUAAAAACAGGAAUAGCCAUUGAAUUUUCUUGUUUUUAACCAGUUCCAUUAAUUUAGUUAUAAACUGUAUAAUAUUGUACUGUGUGUAUAUACAGUAGAGAUUGGUCCUUGUAAAAUCUGGCAAGUGGUUAAAUUUGCACUGAAACCCAUUGUUUGAUUAUAAAGGCUAUUUCCCCCCAUUUCUUUCAUUUUUUUGUUGUUGCAUUUUUAACAUUUAAAAACAGUAUUUACAUGCUGAUGUUAUUUUUUCCUGUUGCAAAUGCUGUUAUGUGAAUAAUUACUUGUGAACAUGAGGGAAAAAUCACAGAUAUAUAUUUUUUUGUAACAAUUUAUAACAAUGUAAUUAUGUAACACUUUACAUAAAGUCUAAUUUGAGUAA